AUGGCCCUUCUUGCUGCUUCAUCCUCUUCCUCUGCUCAAUCCGUUCCGAAGAAGAAUGAUGUGUUCAUCAGCUUUAGGGGUGAGGACACUCGCUCCAACUUCACCAGCCAUCUUUAUGAUGCUUUCUGCAGAAAACAAAUUAGAACCUACAUAGACUACCAACUCGUGAAAGGAGAUGAGAUCUCACCAUCACUUCUGCAAGCUAUCAAGGAUUCAUAUGUAUCAGUGGUGGUGUUCUCUGCAAAUUAUCCUUCUUCAAGAUGGUGCUUGGAUGAACUCGUCCAUAUACUCCAUUGCAAAAGGGUUCAAGGACAGAUUGUUAUUCCUGUCUUCUAUAGAGUCGACCCAUCUCAUGUACGCAAUCAGACUGGGGUUUACAAGCAAGCAUUUGAGAAUUAUGAGAGAGAUGUCAAGUUUGACCAACACAAGAUGCAAAUGUGGAAGCAAGCUCUUCAUGAAGCUGCAAACUUAGCUGGUUAUGACUCUGACACGUUCAGGGAUGAAUCCGAAUUGAUUCAAAAGAUUGCCAAAGACAUAUUGCAGAAACUGAAUCACAAGUACCCCCCAGCUGAAAUAAAAGGACUCAUAGGCAUUGAGGACAACUGCGCAGAGAUUGAAUUAUUGUUGAAAGAUGCCAAAACAAAAACCAUUGGAAUAUGGGGCAUGGGGGGUAUCGGCAAGUCAACCAUUGCCCAAACUAUAUUUUUAAAACAUUCUUCCCAUUAUGAUUAUUCUUGCUUCUUUGAAGCUGUAAGAGAAGAGUCUAAAAAUGGAAAUACUGAAUUACGCCGUAAAUUUCUCUCCCGUCUGCUAGGGGAUGAUUCCGUUAUUGAUACUUCAACCUCUUUUCUUGAGUCGAGGCUUAGUCGUAUGAGGGUUUUUGUUGUUCUUGAUGAUAUCAGUACAGUGGAGCAAUUAGAAUGUUUGGUUGGAAAACCUUUUUGCUUUGGGCAAGGAAGUAAAAUUCUCAUCACAACAAGGGACAAGCAUGCGCUCAGCAAAGGAGUUGACGCAUUAUAUGAGGUUAAGAAAUUGGACUUCCAUCAAUCCCUUGAACUUUUCAGCUUGAAUGCCUUCAGCACUAGCUUGCCUAUAAUGGGAUAUGGAGAACUAACAAAAACGGCAGUUGUUUAUGCACAAGGAAUUCCAUUGGCUUUAAAAGUUUUGGGUUCAUAUCUUCGUGGUAGAAAUCAAGUUGAGUGGGAGAGUGCUUUGAAAAAACUGAAGAAGAAUCCUUAUCAAGAAAUUCAGAAUGUGUUGAGAUUGAGUUACGAUGAGCUGGAUGACGAGGAGAAGAAAAUAUUUCUAGACAUUGCUUGCUUUUUAAAGGGAGAGUUGACAGAGUUGGUAAUCAGCUUAUUAGAUAGCUUUGGCUUCUGCGGAGCUAUCGGCAUAAGAACACUCCAUGACAAGGCCCUCAUAAAUGUGGAUGGCAGUAUCCAUGUGGAAAUGCAUGAUUUGAUCCAAGAAAUGGGUUUGCAAAUAGCUCGUGAAGAGUCCAUCAAUGAACCAGGAGGACGUAGACGUUUAUGUGAUUCAGAGGAAAUUUAUGAUGUAUUAGCUAAUAAUAUGGGAUCAAAGCAAGUUGAAGGAAUAAAGUUGAAUGUUUCUCAAAUUAGAGAUCUACAUUUGGAAGCCGAGGUUUUCGAGAGAAUGCCAAAUAUAAGACUCGUCAAAUUUUAUUCAACUUCCUAUCGUGGCUCAAGUCAUGUGCACCUUCCAGAAGGUCUCAAAUUUCUUCCCAAUCAGAUGAGGUAUCUAGAGUGGUAUGGAUUCCCACUUAAAUCUCUGCCCUCCACUUUUUGUCCUAAAAAGCUUGUUAAGCUCUGCAUGCCCGAUAGCCAUAUUCAAAAGCUUUGGAGCGGAGUGCAAGAGUUUGUGAGCUUACAAGAGAUAGACCUUAGUGGUUCCAAACAACUACAAGAGCUGCCCAAUCUCUCUAAAUGCUUGAAUCUCAAAGCGGUACAACUUGCGCGAUGCGAAAGUUUGUGCUCUGUUCAUUCCUCAAUCUUGUCUCUCCACUCGCUUGUUGAGUUGAACUUAUUUAAGUGCAAGAAACUUGGGAGUCUAAAAAGUUUACAUUUAAGAUCUCUACAACAUAUCGAGGUGAUGGGGUGCUGGAAUCUCAAGGAGUUCUCAGUGUCAUCGGAUCAACUGAGAAUAUUGAAUUUAGAAUCAACAGGAAUUGAAAUCUUGCACUCGUCUGUAGCGAGUUCAAGUAAAUUGGAAGAGAUGAUUCUUGGUGGAUCAAGACUUGUGAACCUUCCUAACCAAUUAUCUUGCUUGACAAGUUUGACGACUCUUGCGCUUCAGAACUGUGAAAUCAUUGAUGAUUUGAAGCUACAUAUCUUUUUUGAUAGCAUGUUGUCUUUAAGAGAAGUGGAGCUGGUUGGGUGCGGUAACAUAAUUGACCUGCCCAGUAACUCUAAGCAUCUUUCAGGAUUGGAAAUGCUUAUUGUACGGGAUUGUAAGAGGCUUCGUUCUUUACCAGAACUCCCUCCAUCCAUUGCAACCCUGUGUGCCGAUUAUUGCAAGUCAUUGGAAAUUGUGUCAACUUGUAGACCAUCAAGUGGUGGCCCACUAGACUUCUCAUUCCAGAACUGUGGGCAACUGAAUGAACAAUCGCUUCGCAAUAUCAUGGAGGCUGCUGUCUAUUCUAUGACUUAUCAUUUAUUGCCUAAAAAUAAGAACUACAGAGCUUGUCGUUCGAUUCGUGUUUCCGGAAGCAGAGUACCAGAGUGGAUCAAAUACAGGGCAGCACAAAGCUCCAUAACUAUUGAACUCUCUCAAAUUUCAGACUUAACGAGUUUCUUCUUCUGCAUUGUACUUGAUGUUCACUCAGAAAUUAACUGUGAAAGUCAAUACUUGACGUGCAAAUGCUACGUGGAAGGUUUGCAUACGGUAGAUUCAGGGUUUGUAGCGCUUUUUGGAGAUAUGAAAUCUGAUGAUGUUUUUAUAUGGAAUGAUGGCUUAGCAGAUAAAAGGAUAGUGAAUGAAAUUAGAAGAAGAAAUCAACAGUUGUUCACUAACAUAAAGCUUCGCUUCGAAUUCUCUGUUGGACCCAAGUUAAUGAUCAAAGAAUGCGGGGUGGGGCCAGUAUCUGUCUCAGCAUGUCAGAAAUUUGUUCAGGAAAUGGAAACAGGGAGGAAAAGGAAGAGGCCUCCCGGUGUUGAAGAGCAGCAACCAACCAUCGCCUCACUUGAAAAAAAUGGAGUUUGA